UCAAGGAGCACGCACCAGCCGAUUCGAUAGGAUGAAGAGGAAGCCCGUGGUGAUCUGCUGCAGCGUGCUGCUCGCCCUCAUCCUCGUCCUCGCCAUCGUCUUCGUCGCGCUCUACUUCACCGUGUUCCGGCCGCGCCCGCCGCACGUGGUGGCGACGGUGGUGAGCACGACGUUUACUCAAUUCGACGUGGCCUCCGCCCCGCCCAAGGUCAACAUGAGCUUGGGCGUGGACGUGACCGUGAAGAACCCCAACUACGCGGCGUUCCGUUACGGCGACGUGGUGACGGAGCUGACGUACUACGGCUCGCCUGUGGGGCAGUCGGUGGUGCUCGCGGGGGAGGUCGGCGCGCGAACGACGCAGACCGUCGGCGGGACGGUGGUGUUGCAGGCGGACAAGGUGAUGUUCACGCCCCAAUUCAUCCAGGAACUGGCUACCAAGCUGUUCGACCUGCCGGAUUUCAUGCUGCCGUUCCAGACGAGGACGACGGUGGCCGGGAAGGCCGUGGUGCUGGGGACGCUCAAAAUGAGGGCCAGCUCGACGGUGACUUGCAGCAUCACCACCUACCCUCUCAAGCAGGAGACCAUCUCCGACUGCACGUCCACGGUUAAUGUCGGUUAACUAUUUUUACCUGUGCGUGCGAGGAGCCCACACGGCGUGUCUAUCAAGAAGUGUGGGAGUGAGUACCUUUUUUCGGUGAGUUUACAAGCUUUUCUCUUAGAUUAGAGGGUUUUGUAUAAAUAAUUAAUACAGUAUAUGCUAUACGUAAUUAAGCGCACUCAUACAAUUAGUAUCUCGCCGCGUGUGACAAUGUU